CACCUCCCGGGCUUCCCGCGGGCGGAGCUUUGCAUUGUCAUCUCCCUGCGUUUCGCAUUCAGUAUCGAACUUAUUCGUCGUCCUUUCUGGCUUUUCCUUAACACAAUGGCCGACGAAGACCUUUCAAUAACCACCGCUCCCGCCCCCGCUCCCUCCAUACCUCGCUCCGGUCACUUCUACCCUUUCGCUACAUCACCGGACAUUAUCCGCUCUCACGAGAAAGAUGUCUUCCUUACCACGAGCUUGACCAACCAAGCCCAAUCCAUCGCCCGCUCCCUCCGUGGGGCUCGAUUCGCUCAUACUCACUCCGAUGCGAUUAAGCGGCUGACCGAGACCUUGUACUUCUCACUCACCACCCUGAUCGGAAACCGAACACUGGGUGAGGAGUACUGUGAUCUAAUGCAGUUGGAGGACGAUACACUACAACUCCCCUCGCUCUUUCGCCGGGUCGGAUAUAUCCUCGGCAGCAUUCUACUACCGUGGGGCCUACAGCGGAUUCUUCCCGCAUUCCGACAACGACUACGAGCCAAGCUUGAACGUAGUAUUGCCCGCCAACAAUUCAAGAAUGCCCAGACCAAAGGUGCAGGAGAGGGCCCCAGGCCAACCAGCUCUUUCCUUUCAAGGUUGCGUAUACAGCAAUACAUUCUGGAGCACCUUGAUUCCAUCACGUCGUUGUCGCCCAUUCACGCUGUCAGUAUUGCGACCUUCUACUUCACCGGUGCCUACUACCACCUGUCGAAACGUUUCUGGGGUCUGCGCUACAUUUUCACCAAAAAGAUAAGUGAAAAUGAGCAGCGCGUGGGCUACGAAGUUCUGGGGGUGCUUCUCGUUCUACAAAUGGCAGUGCAGGGUAUUCUGCACACCAAGAAGGUGGUGAGUGGCCUGCAACAGGAGGACCAGGAUCCUCAAUCCGAGGGUGUCGGGACAGCCGGUGGCCAAAGCGAUGCGGCGAUAACCUCAAUCGAAAACCCACCAUCGCUUCCGCUGUUGCCGGCCAGCCAUGCUCGGUACGACUUUGCCAAAGACUCGAAUGCCGUUCCUUGGAUGCCCACGGGCCAACAGCGCAAGUGUACACUUUGCUUGGAGUUGUUCAGAGAUCCGAGUGUCACCACCUGCGGUCAUGUGUUCUGUUGGACAUGUGUCCGAGAUUGGGUACGCGAGAAGCCGGAGUGCCCGCUUUGCCGCCAGGAGGUCCUCCUAUCCAAAGUCCUCCCAUUGCGAGGGUGAUACUUGUAGUUCCGGAGCGUCCCAUAUAUCCGUGUCCUUUACUCGAUUCUUGGCAUGUUUCAGCGUUGCAAAUUGCUUGUUUCAAAUAUACCCUAUCAUAUCUAGAGAUAUAUGUUGACAGUGUUCAGCUGGU